CGUCCUCCAAAGUGAUACAGUGAUACCCAACCCAAAAAAGAAUGUUUAAAAUCCCUUUAAACUAAGCAAGCAAACAUAAAAAGAGAGCGAAGCAUACGAAAAAUGAGUCUGAGCUUAGCUUAUUCACCAUGGCUCUCACGCUUUUCUCCUCCAAACACUGAACUACCCGACUUUUCCCAAAACGACUCCACUCUCUCGUCUCUCCUUAUACGCUCCAAUCCCAUUUCUUCUCUCAAAUUCUAAACCUUUCAAACCCAUAGCUUCCGUGAAAGAAAACCAAUCAGACGGCGUCGUCGAAGAAACCUCCGUUUUAGACGAGACGUUACUGAGCAGAGUCUCGGCUACUAAAGAUUCCGAAGAAGGACUCCAAAUGAUCGCUCAGAACCAGAGUGAAAGCAGCGGUCAACUAAACGGCGGCGUUGUGAGUGUUUCUGACUGUCGUCUGAUAAUAAACGCCGCACUUGAUCGUAACAAUGCUGACUUGGCUUUGUCUGUUUUCUAUGCCAUGCGUUCCAGCUUCGACACAAGUGUGAGUGAGACUGAGGCAUUGGUUGUUAGGUGGAAAUGGUCAAGACCCGAUGUUGGGAUUUACACUACAUUAGUUCAGGGAUUGGCAGCAUUGGUUAGGGUCUCUGAUGCUCUUAGAAUAAUCGAUGAUGUUUGCCGAGUUGGAGUUUCUCCUAGUGAGGAGAUUGUAUGUUGCGCCAAAUGUCGCUACAAGUAUGAGCUAGUUUCUGGAAACAUAGUGAGUGUCGAUUCAGAAGAAAUCAAGAACUCCUCCUGCCGAACGCAGCAUGGAGAUUCCAGCAUGGAAAAGGGGGCUAAAAUCUCUGCAGAUAUUUCAAGCAAAGAGUUCCUUCUGCUGUUCACUCUAUUCUGGUACAAACCCCUUCUGGUCUGGCCCGUACGCACAGAUUUGCUGCUGAAACAGUUGAUCUUCCUGCACAAGGACCUGCACAAGGAGAAAGGGUAACGAUUGCUUGUGCUGCUCCUUCAAAUGUUUAUAGAGAGGUAGGACCCUUCAAGUUUAGUCCUAAGGCACCUAACUUUUACCCUGGGGAACCGAUGUGCCUGACAAACCACAAAGAUGGUCGGGAACCACAAUUACUACGAGCCCCUGCAAAAGAUGGAAACAUAUCCAUAUUUAAGCCUCAGUUUAUCAUUCCACUUCUCACUGUUCUGGCUGCGGGAGAUGCUGCGUCAGGGAUAAUAGACCUGAGCUUACCAAAAUUGCUUUCUGUGGCUGCUGUAGAGACCCUUGCUGUUGGAGCAACUUUAAAUGCUGUGAUUUUUCCGCAAUUAAAUCAGGUGAAAAGAAGUUUCUUGGGGAGAAUAAAUGAAUACUCAUUCUGUUAUCGAUGGUGACAGCUUCCUCAAAGAUCGGUGGAAACAACAGCUAUCAAACAGCAGCUUUUAUCUCAGUAUGACAUACUGCAGUCUCGCAUCCGGGACUUAAAAGAAGCUGCUGAAAAAGAGGUGUGGAUGCUGGCUCGCAUGUGCCAAUUGG